CUGCUACGAUCAUUGUGCAAGUCACUCCGGUCAAUGAUUUUCAGCCUGCAUUUAAUAAAAAGAAUUAUACAUUUGAAGUUCCAGAAACUGCCAGAGAAAAUCAUAAAGUUGGAAAAGUAACUGCCACAGACAAAGAUUUCCCAUCAAACUGUCUGACCUACAGAAUAGUCAGAGGAGAUGUCUAUGCUGCAGAACUAUUUUGGCUGGAUCCAGUGUCUGGCAUGAUAAAACUGAUAAGACAACCAGACUACGAGUCCAUACGGCAAUACCAACUGACCAUUGAAGCUAUUGACUGUGACCCAGAUAAUCCAAAAAGUGCUUCUACUAUGGUGAUAAUAGAUAUCAAAGAAGAGAAUGAUGAAGCCCCUGAAUGCACACCAUAUACCUACAGAGCAACGGUACUUGACAACAUACCACCGGGGACAAACAUCAACAGCUUCAGUUUGAGCUGCAAAGACAGAGAUUCCAAUGGCUCUGCAAUGCGGUUUGAGAUAGUCUCUGGAAAUAGAGGUAAUCAUUUUGGUUUGGACCCAACUCGAGGGUCCAGCUCUCCUAAACUGAUUGUGAAAAACCCUUUUGACUUUGAAGGAGAAAUGGACUUCCAACCCCAGUACCAUCUUGUGGUUCACAUUAUUGAUGACAACUUGUACAAUAAAACUGUUUCCAAUCCGAGGACAGGAACGGUCCUUAUUGAUAUUUCUGUGAUUCAAACAAACACACAACCACCAACAACAACUCCUUUUGAUAAAAAGAAAGGCCUAACUAUUGUGUAUACUUCGGUCAACACCUACAGUUCCACUGACUGGUAUAUCCCAUUCAUCUUCACGCUGAUGGCAAUAAUGUCUAUAGGGUUGACAACUUGCUGGUGUUAUCUGCUUUGGAGAUAUGCUCGUUGCAAGAAUCCUUGUCUAAAACGGCAAGUCCCAGAUCCCAGAACAAUCGAAAGAAUGAACACCUACCGGCCUGGAACCCAAAAAGAAAAAGGAGAAGUGAUAACAGAAAUCACCAAUUGUGAAACGGUAUUUGAUGGUGAAGCCCAAGAUCCAGUCACAGGAAAUCUCUAUCAAUAUAACAGCAAGUCAGGAGCCAGAAAGUGGAAGAUCCCUCAAAAACUUAUGGGAAAUGACGUGGAACUUACAAAUAUAUAUUCAUCAUCCCAAAAGCUAUCUCCUGAAAACAGCGUGUCAAUGAACUCCCCGAAGGAAGUAUGACUUCCGUCUUUGCUGGAUCAGAUUUUUUUAAAAUUAUUUCUCUGCUCAUCUUUGCAGAUCAAGUGAAUCAUGGGUGUUCUGCACAAACUUUUGAUCACGGAUGAAAUUUUUCAAAUGUUGCUUUGAGUUCCUCAAGAAGCUGCUUUGCUCCCAUGUCAAUCCAUUAUGGAAUAUCAGUAUGGCUCCCCCCCUCCAUAAGCAUGUUACUGGCCUAACAGGGGUAAGGGCUGCUAAAAGUGUAACAGCACACAUAUGGUUUUAAAAGUAGCAAAGGGGAAUGAGCAC